UUUUGAGACAAGAUUAGUGAUGGUCAAUUACUAUGGUUACGAUUAUCGCGAUUUUAACCUGAUUUCCAAUUCUUGGUAAAAUUCAAGGUGGCGAGCAUAUGUGGUGACGUCACAGGCCUCCAGCAGCGCCACUACUCAUAAAUUAUACCUCAUCUUGUUACGUUGAGAAGAUCAAAGGCUUUCCACUGAAGGCAAAAUCGUUUUGAAAUACUGCAACAUAUCAAAAGGGUGUACCACGGUGGGGGUAUGAAAUUGCGUGUACGUCCGAGGGUCAAUAGUACUUUAGCCUCUUUUCUUUUCUCGUUAAUGUGUUAAAUUUAGGACAAGGGCGUUUACACAGUAGCAGUUGGGAUUGGACUAAAGAUAAAUAAUGCAACCCUGAUACAGAUAGCAGGAGAAGAACAACGUGUGGUUCUUGUCAAGAGCUUCCAGCAACUGCAGGGAAAAAUUGACACGAUCAAGUCAUCUGUUUGUUCAGGUAUUUUGCCCAGAAAGAUUAUAGAUUAGAGAAUUUAAUUUUGGUCUGAAGAAAACAAGAUUUUUACAGUCUUGGCAAUCUGCUGGGCUUUACUUGCUUGUAGUGAUGCUGAUAAUGAACCUUUAUUAUAUACAUACUGAGAAAUAUUCACCAAAAAGUUGUGUUGUAAAUUUUGAUACGCAAAUGAGUGCUAGCCAAUCAGAGGAGUGAACUAUGGUUUUCACAAGUGUAAAAAAUGAUACGUCCAAUCAGAAUCGCGAACAAGGUUUUUUGCAUGUGAGAAAAUGAUGCGUCCAAUCAGAAGUCACAGAGGUGUGUGAGUUGCGCGCCAAACUUCCCGCCUUUUCUUGCAGCUUGCUGAGCGCCACUUCGCACACAUUCGAGGAGAGAAGUUUUUCUCAAAGAGUUUUUUUCUCGUUAAAAAAGUAAAAAACAUUUCAGAAAUGGAGUGGAAUAGUUUCGUUUGUUUCACUGUCGAUAAAGAAAACUGUGGAGAGCCGGCGAAACAACAGCGGAAGGGGAAAAACAACAAGACGUAAGCUUAUGUUGUGCUUUUUGUCGGAGCUACUUUGUCUUCCAUUUAUAAGCUUAAGCUUAUAUUGAAACCGGCCAUUUUACUUUAAUUCACUCAUUUUCAAUUUUACUUUCAGAACAAACAGUUAAGAUUACUUGUAGUUCUUGGAUUACCUCAUAUCCUUACCAUCAUUUAUGUUUUUAAGAAACGUUUCUACUAAAAAGCUGAUAUUUCGUUUUCAUUGUUAUUUCGUGGUGUGUAGAGGCAAAUUUAAGCAUUUUGGAAAGAUUUAAAAUAAAAAGGCCACCAAAAUGAUGAAUGUCUCAGCAUGUAUAAAAUAAACACAAUACCACAUGUAAAGUGCUUCGUACGGUAUUUACCCACUCGUUGUUUUUGUAUCAGAAAUCGAACGAAUGAGCGCAGCGAACGAGUGAGAUUUCUGAUACAAAAACAACUCGUGUGUAAAUACCGUACGCCAGCACUUUCCAUGAAGUAUUCUAUAUUAAACGCAUAGGCAUGAUGGCUGCAAUACUGUUGCCACUGUAAUAUCUCAUAAGACUCCAAUGAGUUUCUAUAGAAGAGGUCACGGUGCGUUUUGUGAUACCUUGUAGUCAAUAUUAGAGUAGCUUGAUUUCACAUAGUAUACGUGAAAUAGAGAGGAGAAGUGUGACGUCACGUUACCAACAACUUUGCACGUGCACACGCUUUUUUUAUUUGUACAUUUUUCAGCCGUCGAUGCACGACUGCGACAUGAAACUUCUUAAUUUCACGCGCCCGCUCUACGGAGUAGGUGAACACAACACCAAAAGUUUCUUUUUUCUUUUUCUAAACUCUGAUACGGCCCUUUCGGUUAAAUCCAGAAAACUUCGCCAAAAUUUGACAAAUUAAAUGAAAUUAGAUAAGUCGAUGAAGUAUGAAACAGUGUGAAUAUACUUUUCAAGUGAAUUUUCACUUUGUUGUCAUCCAAGAAUAUUGUUACCAUGGCAACGUGACGUAACGACUUUUUUAUGGUCUUUCUAGCACGAAUCACAUGCAUGGCUCUCAGUGCAGACCUUGCAUGUUGCUAUAUCUUUAUUCAUAGCCAAAAGACAUAAUGCCCUUGAAGAGUCAGUAACAUUUUAGUCAAUUUACCUCUAUAUGCACUUUUUUCAUUUGCAGAUUAACACGCCACUGCCAGCUAUGUAACGGGACGUUGUCAACAAAAUCGCGGGGGUCAUUUGUGGCGUGCAGAUCCACAGAACUGAGUGUGCUAUUCCGAAAGCCAUAGUUGCAGUUUAGUUCAGCAAAUUAAAGUCCUGAAUGGAUAGUUUAUAGAAGCGUUAUGCUACUGUCGUUGCAUGACUAUAAUUAUGCAUAACUAUGACAGUAUUAACACAACUUUCAAAUUUGGUCAACGGUAGCUAGUUAUAUGAAGAAUUAGCCGGGGGAUUUAAACCAAUCAGAAACGAAGGAAUAUUUUAGAUGAACGAACCUAUAAGAUAUCUAUGGGGAUACCGUUUUUUGUGGCAGUGUAUUAAAGCAGUGUGGUGAAUAUUUACGUGUUCAGCCCAGCAUAUACCAUAAAGUUUACUUAAAUGUUAAUCCUAUUGCAAAGGGUUUUGCAUUUCUUGAGGAUAUUUUCUUUCUUGUCUCUUGUCAAAUCUCAGGUAAAAACAACGAACUAGAAAAACGUCCUCGAAUUUUACAGUUACAAAUCAAGAAAGAUACAAGCCCGUAAUUUACUUCAAGUCACAAUUAAGCAGAUUGUGGUGUUACAACUGUUGUUACGACGCGAACAUCUCUGCCUCGUCCGUUAGGUCUAUCAGUUCAAUUGGAAUAUUUACGGUCCAAAAUCCUUCCACACAAAGAUAACAAACGGG